CAUCUCCUUUACCCAAAAAAAACAAAAAACAAAAAAAAAAGAAAAAAAAAAAAAAAAAAAGAAGCGACAAUGGCCGUCGCGAACCUACAGAGACUGAGCGCCCAAAUCCACCGUCUUCCAUCUCUCUCCUUCUACUCCAAAUCCCUAAUUUCAAGAUGUUCCGCCUCAAGCUCAACCCCAACGCCAUCCCCAUCUCCAUCUUCUUCCUCCAAGAAAGUCUCUGACCGCAUCGUCAAGCUUUUCGCAAUCGAUCUCGACGGCAAGAAGAGGGAAAUCGUCGGCCUUUCCGGUCACACCCUCCUCAAAGCCUUGGCCAACAACGGCCUGAUCGACCCGGCUUCCCACCGGCUGGAGGAGAUCGACGCUUGCUCCGCCGAGUGCGAGGUCAACAUUGCUCAGGAAUGGCUCGAGAGGCUUCCGCCUAGGUCUUACGAUGAAGAGUACGUCCUCAAGAGGAAUUCUAGGGCUAGGGUUCUCAACAAGCACUCAAGGCUCGGUUGCCAAGUCGUUCUCACACCUGAACUUCAAGGUAUGGUCGUGGCUGUCCCCGAGCCUAAGCCUUGGGAUAUUCCGUAAAUUUAUUGGUUUGAGCUCCAUUUCUUGCAAAUGCAAAAGAAGGGACUAGGGUUAAAAAAAAUGAAUGUUAUUUUUGUUUUCUGUACUUGGUUUUUUUUACCCUCUGGUUUGGAUUGGAUAUUAAUAAUGUUGUUGCUUAUUCCGAUAUACAUUUGGGGAAAAAAAAAAAAAAAAAAAGCUUUACGUUUUGGCAUAAUUUGGAUGGGUUCUGUAUAAGAUUGCCCUUUAAUUUGAUGAUUUUGACUAUAUCGGAAUUUCAUUUUGUUGUUACCUAGAA